AGCUGGCAGAACUAGAGGCAGCAGAACGAUUGGCUGCCAUCACGAGAAGAGAACUGGAACUGGAGGCAGAGCUCGUGAAAAAGCGGCUAGCAGCCCAGGUAUCUGCCAUCCACGAUGACCGGGAAAAUCUACCCGAUGUACCCUUCGCCCCUGCUCAAGAUCGUGAGAAGGUGGUCGAGUGGUUACAUUCAAACCCUCCUGAACCACGGGGGGAGGUGGUAAGUGGUCAGAUCAAUGAACCUAGGACCACACAACGAACUAGAUCGCCGACGCCCACCAGAAGAAGUGGCAUCGAACAGCUGGCAGCAACGUUAGAGAAGAUGGCGCGACCACGUCUACGUCAUACCGAUCUGCCGAUCUACUCGGGUGACGUAAAUGAAUGGUUGCCGUUUUAUGCCGCUUAUAAAGAUACAACGAACAUGUACGACGUGUCGCCGGCCGAAAACAUUCAGCGACUGCGAAGCUGCCUCAAGGGAGAAGCGAGGGACGCCGUCGCAGCACUUCUUUAUGCAGCGUCUGACCCAGCGAUCAUUAUGAAGACUCUAGAACAAUGCUUCGGUAGGCCGGAAGUGCUAAUAGACCGAGCGCUAGACGAACUGAAACGGCUGCCGAAGCCGGAUUCAUCGGCGAGCGAGCUGAACGCGUUCGCAAUUAAAGUGCAGAACACUGUUUGCGUACUGCAAACAAUAGAUAAGAGGGGCUACCUAUACAACCCGCUCUUAGCACGAGAAGUCGUUGACAAGUUGAGUCCACAUCUGCGAUCCAGAUGGUGCGAUUACGCACACGAACAUGAAGACACAACUGAGCCCGAGAUAGCGUUAUUGUCGCGCUUUCUUAUGCGCGAAGCUGAUCGAACGCUACGCUUCGCAUACGCACCAGCAACGAGCACCAGCACGACGAACACAGCUAGACGGGAGAUCAGACCUGCCGUCGUAUUGAAAAAGAAGACGCAGCCUGUCUACGCUGUCGCCGAGUACGCAGGAGGUACCGACGUCUGCCCUAGCUGCGGCCAGCAGCACUCGUUGCCACAGUGCCCUAAAUAUAAGGCACUGACUGUGGAACAGCGGUGGGAGCUGGUGAAGGACAAGAAGAUCUGCUUCAGAUGUAUCUCAAGCAAGCACAGGCGCAUCGCAUGCAGAGCUAAGGCAUGCGGUGUGAACGAAUGUCGACGACCUCACCACCCCUCACUGCACGAAGACGCCAAGCCAGACCCAGAGAAGUCCGACGAAGAAGCUGUCCUGUCGGUAGCGCCCAGAUCAGCUACCGGCCCUAGGAGCGUUCUUCUGAAGAUAUGUCCCGUGGUAAUUAGCGGACCACGGGGGGAGCUCAAGACGUACGCCCUGCUAGAUGAAGGAGCAACGAUAACGCUGAUCGACGAACGGCUGGCUCAAAUGAUCGGAGCCGAAGGCCCUGCAGAACCGCUGCACCUUCAAGGCGUGAACAUGGAACAGAACGAACAUUCCAGCAGACGAGUCUCCUUCUCAAUUCGGGGCCUCAAAGAAGAAGAGACUUUCAACCUGAAAGCUCGAACGAUAAGAGAUCUGCGACUGCGCAGGCAGUCCAUUUCCAAAGAUCUGGUGAAGAGCGAACACCUGGAAGAUUUAGACAUGGAAACGAUAAGCUACGAUCAAGUUCGCCCAGGCAUCCUAGUGGGGACAGACCACUGGGAAUGCAUCGUGUCCCGUGAGUUACGAGUCGGCCGCCUUGAUCAGCCAGCGGCAUCAAGAACACAACUCGGUUGGGUGGUACACGGAACGGUGCCACGAACAAUAAUAGAAACCGAUUGCGUGCUACACGUAUACGAACCAAGGCA